CUGCUCUUCCAGAACUUUUCUCUUCCCCAAAGACAUCGUCCCCUACUGGCCAAACAAAGAGAAGUACGGCCGACAAAUCAAAAGAGGCGGGUUCGAGGAGGGCAUGUGGGAGAUCGAGAACGACCCGGGUGUGGGCCUCAGACGUCAAAAGAAAGCAGCGCUAGUGAAACGACUGUCAGAGAGUCGACUGAAACCGAGAGACAGGAAGAAGAAGAAAGCAGAAAACCAGACGGGAUCCCGUACGGAUUCAGCGCCGAAGAGGGAAACUCUUGUGAAACCCGGCAAAACAAAGUCUGAAUCCGUGGCGCCGGCAGACGCUAAAACAACCGUAGCCAGGUCGACGCGCUCCAGAGAUUCGGUGACAAAGACCGUCACACCAGAGGACAGACAGAUGGAUGAAGUCACGUCUGCGAGGAGUGUGACGUCGGUGGAGACGCUCGCAGCAGGAAGGAGGAUUUUACCGUCCAGGACGAUCAUUUUAGCCAGACGUGCGGCAGCAGCAAAGACGCGCUCUGCUCGCAGGAAACACGCGCUGAACAGAAAGAUAAUUUCAACCAAGAAACCGAUAGACGCUCGUAAUCACCAGCAGCCCCUGAGGGUCACGCGCGCCUCUGCGGAUCCGAGCCAGACCACAGACGAAACCACCACGGUAACUCCGGCCGCUCUGAGACGGAAACACUCGCCAACUGGUCGUGAUGUGAAGGAAGACGCUCGUGUUCCUCGUCCUGUGACGAACAGCUCCAGCCCAGCAGGCUCAAAGAGGAAGCGGCUCACAGAGGAGCAGACGUCUGCACCAGAAGAGCCGAAGAAGAGCGAGGUCAAGGACAUCAUAAACACACAAGACAAGGACGAGCAGAAUAAACCCAAACAGACGAACCGCGAAGCUCUGAUUGUCUCUGAAAAGAUCUGGCUGUUGUAA